CAGGUGUCUUCCCGCCAUCCCUCUAUGACAUCGCCCGUUUCACAAACCUCACUUCCCGACUUGCUGCGUUUGUCACCCUAGCUUCACAGACAUCAUUCACAGAAGUCUCUCCAACACAAGUCCACAGUUAAGGAUGAAACCUUCAACAAUGGACUCGCUCAAUCCCAUCGACCAUCCUGCCUUCUCGCCCUCGUGGCCUUCCACUGCGACAACCGCUCCCAUCACCGCGAGCCGCGUCGCCGAUGAAACGAGCGUGACUGGUGCAAGCUCACUGCUCAAACACUCUCAACACGACAUCACUACCCUCACUCAGGGUGUUCAACCAACGAACGAAAUGUCGACGAAUGUCUUCACCACCCCGGCGUCCUCUCCCACCUCAACCGCAACAACAGCCCCCACACACGACCAACACGCGAAGUUGAAACUCGGCGCCGACCUUCCUCAACUACCCGGCUGGAUCGCAGGCAUGCUCACAGGCAUCUUCUCCUUCCUGUUCGUCGUGGCGUUCAUGCUGCUCCUCGCGCAAAUCUGGCCGAGCUUCGACUUCUUCGGCAGAGCGAACAGGCGCCGCUACAGAACGGGUGAAUACGCGAGGAUUGAGCGGGAGGAGGACAGUGACGAGGAAAAUGAAGGAGGAGGAGACGGGGCAAUGAGCUCUACUACUGGCGUCCGCAGGUCUGCUGUCGAUGGCGCAGACACGGCGGAGGGCAGGAAGCAGUUGAGGCAGCGCAGACCUACUUUAUCUAUUGAUACGAGCGGCGUGUAUUACGGGUUGGGCAUUGCUGUGCACGGCGAGAGCAGCGCGGUGAAGACGAAGCACGUUCGAAAGCGAGUGUCGUAUGAUGCGGACGCGCUUCGCGUGAAGUCGGGAAAGGAGAAGGGAGCGGCUUUCACGGCCCCGCUGCCUGCUACCCGGACCAUUGAUGAGGCGGGCUGUGGUUCGGCGGUGGCGGUGGAAGUGGAGAGUGGACUUCUGAGCGGCUGUGCCGACGAAGAUGGAGAGGGGAGAACCACUUCAUCUUCGCGCGCAGUGUCGAGUGCGCCUGCUCACCACUCGGCUGGGAUGUCUUCGAAGGGAAGCGCGGUCCUCGAGAAGCUCAAUGCGGGUGUCUACUUUGUUGCGGACAGGUUGUCCAGGACUUUCUACGAUGCUGUGGAGGAGCCGGAGGAGGGAUUGCUGUUGCCGGUGCACAAUGAGGAGAGGGAGACGGCGUUGGUGGCGGGAGGGUUUGUCUCGUAGCAAGAGGGGAGUUGAGGCGCGUGAGG